AUGUCUGAUGCUGAGCUUCAGAUCAAAACCUACAUUUACAACAGAAAUGCUGGUGUUGCAGUGAGCACGAUGGUGGAUCUGCAGAAGAGAAUCAUCGGAGGUCAUGAAUGUGAGCGUCCGUACCACGUCAGACUCAGAGGAGUUGCUGUUAACAGAUCUUCCAGCUUGUGUGGAGGAUCUCUGAUCAGUGAACGGUGGAUUCUGACUGCAGCUCACUGUGUGGAGCCAGGAAGGACCAUAUUUGCAGAUUUUGGUGUCCUGUUAGAUGGUGCUGCUCAAGAAGUACAAAUCACUGCAAAUCCUGUGAUCUACACCGACAAAGACAACAACAACAACCACAGACAACAUGACCUCAUGCUGCUGCAGCUACCUGGAAACUCUAACAUUCAGCCUGUAGCUCUUCCUGACUGUGGAGAUCAACCUGGAAUGUGA